AUGUUUUCUAAAAAUCGUAAACAACGUUCAUCCUUAAAACAACCUGCAACUACGAAUUCAUUAUCUUCAUUAACAAAAGAUCGAUCACCGGUGAUAACAACAACAUCAUUGCCGUUAAAUUCAAAUUUACUUUCUCUACCAACGAACAGUGCAACUACUCAAUCAACAAAUCAAAAAAUAUUAACUACGAGUACAUCCAGUAAUGGCAAUGGAAGUGUACGUCGUCGUUUCUUAGAUAUUAUUCAUUUUACUACUAGUCGUCCUUCAUCAUCAGUUCGAUUUUCUUCUCGUCAACGUGAUACAAAUUCUUGUCAAACAUCUAAACAACUACAACAACAAAAUCUUACUAAUUCAUCAAUAAAUGAUAAUGAAUCAUUAAAAUCAUCAUUAGCAAUUGUUAAAGAUGAAAUAGUUGAAUCAAUUAUUCCAUCAACUAAUGAACCUCAUAUUGUUAAUAUUCUUCCUUCAACAACAACAACAACAACAAAUCAAUUACAUGACAAUAAUAUUCUUGAAACAUGUGCAUUAUGUUAUCAUGAAUAUCCUUCCGAACAAUUUGAACGUUUAACUGUUUGUUCACAUGCAUAUUGUCGAACAUGUUUUAAAAGUUUUUUAAGAUUAGAAAUAAUAGAAGGUCGUGUAACACUUAAUUGUCCACAAAGUGAUUGUCCAGAACGUAUAAAUCCAUGUGAUAUAUCAAGAAUUUUACGAGAUCAACCUGAUCUUAUAUUAAAAUAUGAACAAUUUAUGGUUCGACGUGUUUUACAAUCAAUAACUGAUACACGAUGGUGUCCUGCACCUGAUUGUGGUUUUGCAGUUAUUGCAUCUGGUUAUGCAUCAUGUCCAGAAAUUCAAUGUCUUAGACCAGGAUGUAAUACAUCAUUUUGUUAUCAUUGUAAAGCAACAUGGCAUCCAAAUAAAACAUGUGAAGAUGCUGCAAGAGAAAAAACAUCAUCGAAACUUCGUUCAGGAUCAUUUAUUAGUCUUGGAUCUGCACAACAAAGAGAUGAAAUUAAACUAUGCCCAAGAUGUCAAGCAUCGAUACUUAAAAUGGAUGAUGGUUCUUGCAAUCAUAUGACUUGUCCGAUAUGUGAAGCAGAAUUUUGUUGGUUAUGUGGACGAGAAAUAUCAGAUUUACAUUAUUUAAGUCCAUCUGGUUGUACAUUUUGGGGUAAAAAACAGUGGAGUAGAAAGAAAGUUAUUCUUUGGCAAGUUGCAACAUUGAUUGGUGCACCAGUUAUUAUUGCAUUAAUUGCUGGUGUUGCUGUACCAGGCGUUAUUAUCGGCGUACCUGUAUGGGCAGGAAGAAAAAUAUUUAAAAAAUUCAAUAAAACAAAAUAUAGUCGAACAAAAAGAAAUACUCUUGUAACAUUAGGUGUUAUUGGAAGUGUUAUUGCAUCACCAGUAAUUGCUGCACUUGCUGUUGGAAUUGGUGUUCCAAUUCUUUUAGCUUAUGUUUAUGGAGUUAUUCCAAUAUCUUUAUGUCGAACAGGUGGUUGUGGUGUUGGCACACGAGGUGAUAUGUCAGAUGGUAAUGGUCCUAAUCUAGAUAGUUUUCUACCAUUUUCUUUACGUGAAACACCUUUUGCACGAGCAAUUCUGAAUGACAAUCAAAGUGUGAUGACACAUCCAACUAUAGGAGGUGAUUCAACUAGUUUAUCAAAUAGUGUUGCACAUCUUGUUGAUGAUAGAAGUAAUGGAAGUACAAAAGCAUUACCUGGUACAAGUGCUGUUUCAUUUUGUGAGAGUUUACCACCAAAUCGCUUGGAAGUUCAAGCUGAAGUUAGUGAUUGUAAAAGUUUUGAUAUUGAAAGUAUAACUAUCAGUGAAAAAUCUUCAAAAACAAUGGAUAGUCUUAAAGCAUUAGCUGGAUCAAUUAAAGAUGCAUGUGCUGUACCGGGUGGAGAAUAUAAUAGUGACAAUAUUUGUGGUGGUACUGGCGAUUUUAAUGGAAGAAAAUCAAGUUUAUUGAGUAGUGCAUCAGAUUAUGCUCGAUCAAUAAAUAUUGAUCAAAAUCAUUCGAUUGUAAAUCGAGCUGGUUCACCAAAUAGUGAUAAAACAGUUUCAUUUUUUGAUGAACGUACUAAAGUUAAAUCAAAGUCACAACCAGAUCGGUAUUGA